CCUGGGGAACCGCUCAGGUGUGGUCUGCUCUUCCUCUCUGCUCUACCUACCUCCUGGCGCUGCUGGGGAACGUGACCAUCCUUUCCAUCAUCAGGGCAGAGCAGAGCCUCCACGCACCCAUGUAUCUCCUCCUCACUAUGCUGGCUGUGGCUGACCUCGGCUUGUCCACCUCCACCUUCCCAACCAUGCUGCGGAUGCUGUGGCUGAAGGCCGGGGAGAUCGGCUUUGGCACCUGCCUUGCCCAGAUGUUCUUCAUCCACACCUUCACGGAUAUCGAGUCUGCUGUCAUCCUGGCGAUGGCCUUCGAUAGCUACGUGGCCAUCUGCCACCCCCUGCGAUACUCCUCCAUCCUCACCAACUCAGGGACCACCAAGAUCUGCGUGGCCUUCGUCGUGAGGACCGCCCUUGUCCAGGUCCCUCUCCCACUGCUGCUGACCCGGCUGUGCUUCACCAGGGGCUCCAAGCUCUCCCAUCCCUACUGCCUGCAUCCUGACAUCAUCAAACACGCCGGCUCGGACACGAGGAUUAACAGCACCUAUGGCCUCUUCGUGCUGCUCUCCACGCUGGGUUUGGACCUGCUCUUUGUCCUCCUGUGCUACCUGCUCAUCCUUAAGACCAUCCUGAACAUCGCAACCUGGCGGGAGCAUCUCAGAGCCCUCAACACCUGCAUCUCGCACAUCUGUGCCAUCCUCAUCUUCUUCAUCCCCAUGAUCUGCCUCUCCAUGCUGCACCGGUUCGGCAAACACGUCUCCCCCCAGGCUUACGCUUUCACAGCCAACCUGCAUUUCCUUGCCCCUCCCAUCCUGAAUCCAAUCGUUUACAGCGUGAAAACCAAACCCAUCCGCAGACGGGUGCUGAGGAUUCUCUACCAGUGA